AUGACAGCGCGACAGGCACUGAAAGCCAUCGAAGAGGUGCACAACGGCACUGUCGACUGCACAACAAUGCUGGCCGAGAGAAGCUUGAAGCUUUUGUAUUUUAAAUACGAGAAUAGCGUCUACACCGCUCAAGCCAACCUCGCCAUUCGUACAGCUAAUUUAAUCUCCGAUCUGUUACCAACGGGCUCCGCUAAAACAUUGAAUAUUUCCGGGAAACCAGUGCUGAAGACGCACAGGGAAGUUCUUCACGCGAUUGUAAGGAACAACCUUGAAAACGACCCGCUUAUUGUAGGUUCAGCGAUCAUUUUUGACAAUAACAGCUUUAUAAACAACUCGUUUUAUGCACCGUACGCCUACAGAAACGCAAACGAUACUUUCAUUAAAGUCACAGAUCUGUCUGCCGGCUGGAGUUAUCUUCACGAAGCAUUUGUGAGGCUAAUGAAGUUUAAAUCACGCGGAAGGCCUUUUCCGGAGCGAACCACAUACUUCUAUGAACAAAAUGAUAUUUCUUCCGCACCGAAACGGCUAAAACUCACGCACAAGUUUGUGGAGUCUAUCGAUGGACUAUGGAGCCGUCCUUACUUCGAGUGCACCACAGCGAGAGCCUGA